AUGUAUAUCAACAAGCUCACCGCCGCGGGCCUGGCUCUGGCCAGCGUCACCAUGACCGGCGACACCGUCUCCAAGGGCCACGUCCUCGACUUUGCCGUCGAAAAGUGCCUUGACAGCGACGGCAACGUGCGGUGCUCCAAGCCAUUCCCCGUCAGGAAAGACGGAUGCUACCACCUCGAGUGGUCCACCAACGGCGCCCUCGCCCACACGACGAUUGAGGUCAAGGAUGCGGGAAGCGGCGAGAUGGUGUACUACAGGGAUACGGAUGGCAAGUGGAAGCCCAAGAAGGAUGAAUUGGUGUAUUUGGACUUUAAGCCCAAGAUUUGGGGGCAAGGGAACGAGACUGUCGAUUACGAAGUGAAGAAGUGCGACAACGAUAAUGAGCUGUGA